CUGGCGCCUUGAAAACCCCGUCCUCGUCAUCGAACAAUCGAGCCAGGAUCACUGGUUUCUGUUUCUGUUUGGGGUUCAUCUGCAGCAUGCCCCCCCUCCUCUCGUUCAGAAGCCCAGAGCCGACGAGGCGUGUUGAACAGUAUUACGCCUCCAACAUCCAGAAGAACCAGCUGGUGCAGAGAGACGUCCGCGUUGCCAAGAGACUGCAGGACGAAGAGGACCGUCAGCGCCGGCUAGCGGACUGCAGGAGACAGAUUGAGGAGCAGGACUCGGAGUACGCGCAGACGAUUCAGGAGGACAUUCGGAGGCGCGCGGAGGAGGCUCAGAGGAGGGAGGAGCUGGACGAGGUAAGACAAUGAAGACUAUCCCACUGCUAACACC